GUGAUUUAGGGCAAAACUGUUAAAGAUCGGAGCUGAAAAACAAUACAAUGAUUCUCCUCCUAAGAAAGGUAAUUUCCGAACAUCCUUCAUCAUCAUCACUUAUUAUCCCUCUGCAUAAUCAUAUCCAUUCCUUAUUAUCUUCUCUAAAAACAACUCAUUUCGAAAAUGUAGUGAUUAAUCACUGUAAGUCCGGAAAAAUCGAGAAACUAGAUGAUGCUAUGGGUUAUUUUAACAAUAUGACUUCGAUGGUUCCACUGCCAUCUAGUAUGGCGUUUAAUCAUAUACUUAGUUCAGUUUCUAAAAUUGGAUGUUAUUCAGAUGCAAUCACAAUGUAUAAGAAGAUGAAAGAUAUUGGAAUUGAACCUGAUAAUGUUACAUUGAAUAUUUUGAUUGGUUGUUGUUGCGAAUUGAAGGAAAUUGCUUAUGGAUUUAGUUUGUUUGGUGGGAUUAUUAAGAGGGGUUAUGAUCCUGAUGUAAUUGCGUUUAGUAGUUUGAUUAAAGGGUUGUGUUUGCAAGAGAAGAUUUGUGAUGCACGUAAACUGUUUGACAAAAUGAUCGAAUUGGGUAUUCAACCAAAUGGAGCUGCGUGUGGUGCGUUAAUUACUGCGCUUUGUAAAUCUGGUGAAUUAGAUGUUGCAGUUGGGUUGCAGAAGAAUAUGGGGAAAUGGAAUUGCGAAGCGAAUGUUUAUUUGUAUGGUGUGAUUAUGGAUGCUUUAUGCAAAAGAGGAUCUGUUGAUGAGGCUCUGACUCUCUUUUCUGAAAUGGUAGAAGUUGUUCCGGAUAAUGUUGUGUUUAAUACUCUGAUUGACGGACUAUGCAAGUCUGACAGGUUAAGGGAGGCUGCUAGAUUAUUUAAUAGCAUGUCUAGUCGAGGAGUUUCUGCGGAUGCACAUACUUACAAUUCUCUAAUUCAUGGAUUAUGCAAAAGAGGAUUAGUUGAUGAGGCUCUGAAUCUGUUUUCUGAAAUGGUAGAUGAUUCUAAAAUUGUGUCAGAUGCUGUUGUGUUUAAUACUCUGAUUAAUGGACUAUGCAAGUCUGACAGGUUAAGUGAGGCUGUUAGGUUAUUCGAUAGCAUGUCUAGUCGUGGAGUUUCUGCGGAUGCACAUACAUACAAUUCUCUGAUUCAUGGGUUCUGCCAACGUGGGUUGUGGGAGGAAGCAAGCAAAUAUUUUGGUAAAAUGGAGGGGAGUGGGAUUCCCUGCACGGUAGUUACUUUUACUAUAUUAAUAGAUUCUCUAUGCAAAAGUGGUAACACGGAAAAAGCUUACGAGAUAUUUAAAGAGAUGAUUAGGUCGGGAAAAGAACCUAAUGUUAUGACCUAUAAUUCUAUGAUGAAUGGUCUGUGUUUAAUAGGUAAACUAGACGAGGCACAGAGAUUGUUUGACUCGAUGGCGGAAAACGGCCAAAAUGUUUACAGCUUCAGUAUCAUGAUUCAUGGAUACUGCAAGAGUUCUAGGUUGGAUGAAGCCAUUCAACUCUCUAAGGAAAUGCAAAAGAGAGGAUUGAAACCGAACCAAGUUACUUACACUACACUGAUAGAUGGAUUAUACCAGGCGAGCAAAGUUAGAACUGCAGAGAGAAUGUUAACUGUAAUGCAGUCUAAUGGCUUAACUCUGGAUAUAGUUACAUAUAGUGCAUCACUGGAUGGACUUUUUAAGAAUCGGCAUGUCGAUGCGGCAAUAGAAUUGUUACGGUCCGUGGAGGAUAAGGGGAUUGAAAUUGAUGUACCGAUGUGCAAUAUAUUAAUCAAUGGGUUGUGCAAAGCUGGAUAUUCUGACAAGGUAAGGAAACAAUUUUUCGAAAUUCCUAACAAAGGAUUAGUGGCUGCCUUAACACUAUGAUCAGUUGCAUAUGCAAAGAAGGGAUGUUUGUUUUAGGCCGAAAAGUUGAUCAUCGAAAUGGAAAUCAAAGGUUGCAGCCUGAUGCCAUCGCUUAUAAUACCAUUACUAAGGGUUAUUGCAAGAAAAAUAUGUUACAAGAGCAUUAGAGUUUCUCAAAGGAAUGUGUGGAAUGAAAUUUUCACCAAGCAAAGCCCCUCUUUCCUUGUUAAUUAGUUCCUUCGUAGGGGAUUGUCAUGAGGUUUGCGGUGGAAAAGCUAGCACUAUGGGUGGAGGUGAUUUUUCUUUUCUCUGUGUGCACUUAUUGAGGGUUCGGUUAGCCACAGUUGCUGGGUCCCCAUUGCAAGAGUCACUGCAGGUGAUGGUGUGAAUCUUGGAUAGAAUCUCAAAUUCGGAAGACCCUGAAGGAUGCUGAAAUAACCUAGGUCAGUUAGGUUCUGGCCUUUAUGGAUAAGCAUGUUGCCAUAUUCCUUCCGUCAUCGCUCCCCCCUCCUUGUGCGAAUUGAAAUCAUCCCAAUCGACGUUGUUGGAAACUCUGUUGGUGGAAGUAAACACAAUAUGCCCUGCAAAUACAACUUGGUCGAACAAAAUGCCUGCAAAAAUCGGUUUCCUCCUUUGGCAACUUUGGCUGGGCAGUGGGCAAGAUUGCAACAUUCGAUAGCCUAAAUUGGAGGGGUUUCUCUCUUCCUGGUCAACCUGGCGUGUGCGCUUUCACAAUGAAUCGGUAUACCUCGCCUUCUCCUGCAAUGCCUCUUAUUCUACUUAAUGUCUGGAGUGACUUUCUUCCAUAAAUUCAAGGUUGGUCAUGGUCCGUUCCUAGUACCUUAUCAAACUCAGACUGUGGAGAAUUUUAACCAAAUUUUAAAGGUGUGCAUAAAUUUCUCUGCAUAUCUUUAGCAUCAGCUCUAUAAUGAAAUCUGUGGAGAUCAAGAAACAGAAAAAGAAUGGGACAUAUUAUAAAGUACCCCUGUUUUGAAAUGCACACUUCAAAAGUACCCCCGUUUUUUACAAAAUUUCUAAAGUACCUCGAUUUAUUCAAAAGACAAAUUCCAUCCGGUUAACUGCUAGGUGGCAGUUAUCUUUCCAAUUAAAAGUCAUAUUUGUCCUU